UCCUUGUUGUUCACCCUUCACCCUUCAUCCUCUCUCCUCUCUCUCUACCUACUCUGCUCUCCUCCCGGAGCCGAGAGGCACCCGCCGACGAUGCGCCAGUUCAUGGAUUACAUCCAGAGCGCAUUCUACGGUGCUACGGGCUGGAAUCGCGACAACUCAUAUUCCACCCUCAAUGCGACGUCUGACGCCUUACUUCAUUUUGCCACUCCCCGCGGCUUGCGCUUGACUCUUUCCUCGCUCGCAACACCCCAUUUCGCAACCGCCUACCAGCUAGGUACUGUCGGCGUCGUCGAUGGCUCCCUCUCCUACUUGUACUCGACCGUACCCCUCGAUUACCAUGCUGUUGCCCAGAGCGAGAAAAUACCUCUGCCCGAGCUCCUGCAGAGCUACUCCCCGUUGGCCGAGCUCGAGCGCCGGAGUAGAAUGAAGGGUGCGCGUGAGGAUCUGCUGGCUUACGGGAGGUUAUAUCUCCCCAAGUCCAUGCUUGAGGCCCUUAUGGUCAGGCGGAUAUCCUCAACACUUCAGAUGCAGGUCAGUGCCGUCUCGGAUCAAACCUUGCGGAACGGAGGCACCAUUCUGGGCAUGGUUCAGUACGACGAGGGGCGAUAUGGCGUCGAAGGGCUAGCAUCUUCGGACGGCGGUCUCUUGGGCAUUCGAGGCCUCUACAACUUUGGAGGCGACGUCACCGGCCCUGUCUCGCCCGACAGCACGCAAGAUGGCGGGAAUGGGACAAAUGGCUCGGAAAAAGAACGCAUCUAUGGUCGCUUUAGUGCUGGUGGUGAGCUCUACUAUGGAACUCUGAACAAGUCAGGAGGCAUGAGCCUCGGCACACGGUUCGCUACCCUGCCUUCUCAUAAGGGGACCCCCCUCACGGCUACCAUGACUAUCAACCCUCUGAUGGGAACAUUGAGCUGGACGUAUGCCGUCAUGGCUGGGCGCAACUGUUCUCUAGGAACAAAGAUGGAUUUUAAUGUAUACAGCUACGAGAGUGCUUGGUCUGUCGGAAUGGAACUGUGGAGGAAGAGAGGGGAUUGGACCGUGGAUGUUGAUGGCGAUCGCAUCACAGACGCAACACCAGACACACCAAUCAGCCCCUUGCCUCAGAGGAGCUUCCAGGCCAAGAUGGAGUGGAGAUUAGACGAACCUUUGCCAUUACUUGACCCUCCUGAUGUCCCACCAGCGCCAGUGCCCCAUGUCUUACCGGAAACGCCGACGACAAAAGCGCGCACAUUUCGGGCCAAGCUACAAUGGCGAAAUAAUCAUGAAGACGAGGGUGAGGAUCUAUACUCGGGAGUUUUGAAAGCCCGACUUGAUCAUAAUUGGCGUAUAGGGCUACUGUGGGAGGGGAGGGUUAAAUCUCUGCUCUUUAGCCUGGGUAGUGGCAUCGACCUGCGUCGACCCGAUUCGCCAUUUCGUACACUCGGUCUAGAAGUGCAAUUUUCUUCAUGAGAAAACCAGCUCACCAUAU